ACAAGUUAGGUUUCACUCGUAACCUGUCAAAUUUAAAGACAUAUGAGAGCGUCGGGGGAAAAAGCUGUUCAGAUUGUAAAAAAAAAAUUGCUGCUCGUCUCCGUAAAAUGAGGUCACUCUUGCAGUUGUUCAUGGCGGAAUGACUCACUCUGAAGCCUGGAUGAGGAAAAUGGCAAUGGAGAAUUCCAGCAUAACACCUCAGUUCUGCAUUCUUCAGCACCGUCACACACAGCACAUCCAAGCAUUGCACCAGGCAGCCCCCUGAGCCCCCAGGCCCUACCUCUCUAGCUCUUCCUCCCAGGUUUGGGGAAAGCCCUGCCCCCCAACCCUCACCACACUGCCAAACCCUAUCCAACAUCCGAGCCCAGCCCCCACCACCCGGCGGCGGCAGACCACGCUGAGCGUUGGCGGGCGAUGGCGCGGCGGGUCCCGCGGGCUUGCCGCCGUGGACUGUGAUGUCAGAGCCCAGCAGCCCGUGCGAGAGCCAGCGUGGCGCUCCCAGAUUCUUUGUGGGCUGCGAGGAGGAUGAGAACGAGGGCCCAGGCGGCUACGGCACGAUGAGGACCGACCUGGAGCUGUACGACAACAACCAGGAGGAUGACUUUCCUCUUGAGCGUCAGAUCAUGGUGGGGAUUUGCUGCAUGAUGAAGAAGUCCAAGUCCAAGCCCAUGACGCAGAUCCUGGAGCGACUUUGCAAGUUCGAGUACAUCACUGUGGUCAUCUUCCCAGAGGACGUCAUCCUGAACGAGCCUGUGGAGAAAUGGCCCCUCUGCGACUGCCUCAUCUCUUUCCACUCAAAAGGUUUUCCACUGGAUAAGGCAGUGAGUUAUGCCAAACUCCGUAACCCACUGCUAAUCAAUGAUCUUAAUAUGCAGUACUACAUACAAGACAGGAGGGAGGUGUAUCGUAUCCUUCAGGAAGAGGGAAUUGACCUGCCACGCUAUGCUGUGCUGAAUCGGGAUCCGGACAAACCUGAUGAGUGCAACCUGGUGGAAGGUGAGGACCAAGUGGAGGUGAACGGUGAGAUCUUUCCAAAGCCCUUCGUGGAGAAGCCGGUCUCGGCCGAAGAUCACAACGUGUACAUCUACUACCCGACCUCGGCGGGCGGGGGCAGCCAGCGUCUCUUCAGAAAGAUCGGGAGCCGGAGCAGCGUCUAUUCCCCAGAGAGCUGUGUGAGAAAGACCGGCUCAUAUAUAUACGAGGAGUUCAUGCCGACGGAUGGCACAGAUGUGAAGGUCUACACAGUAGGGCCUGAUUACGCCCAUGCGGAAGCACGCAAGUCCCCGGCUCUAGACGGCAAGGUGGAGCGCGACAGCGAGGGCAAAGAGAUCCGCUACCCCGUCAUGCUCACGGCCAUGGAGAAGCUCGUGGCACGCAAGGUCUGCCUGGCUUUCAAGCAAACGGUGUGCGGCUUCGACCUCCUCCGGGCCAAUGGCCACUCCUACGUGUGUGACGUCAAUGGCUUCAGCUUUGUGAAGAACUCAAUGAAAUAUUACGACGACUGUGCCAAAAUACUUGGGAACAUUGUGAUGAGGGAGCUAGCUCCUCAGUUCCAGAUCCCCUGGUCUAUCCCCACCGAGGCUGAGGACAUACCUAUAGUCCCCACCACAUCUGGGACCAUGAUGGAGCUGCGCUGUGUGAUCGCGGUGAUCCGCCACGGAGACCGAACCCCGAAGCAGAAGAUGAAGAUGGAAGUCAGGAAUCCCAUGUUUUUUGAGCUAUUCGAAAAAUAUGGUGGUUACAAGGCUGGCAAGUUGAAACUGAAGAAACCAAAACAGCUGCAGGAAGUGCUGGACAUUACGAGACAGCUGUUGGCUGAUCUGGGGCAGCACAGCGACUGUGAGAUCGAGGAGAAGUCGUCUAAACUGGAGCAGCUCAAGACUGUUCUGGAGAUGUAUGGCCAUUUUUCCGGGAUCAAUAGGAAAGUGCAGUUGACUUACCUUCCCCACGGACGUCCCAAGACCUCCAGUGAGGAGGAAGACACGCGGAAGGACGGCCCAUCCUUGUUACUGGUGUUGAAGUGGGGUGGGGAGCUGACUCCCGCAGGCCGAGUGCAAGCUGAGGAGCUGGGCAGGGCCUUCCGCUGCAUGUACCCUGGAGGCCAAGGAGAUUAUGCCGGCUUCCCCGGUUGUGGCCUGCUUCGACUCCACAGCACCUACCGCCACGACCUGAAGAUCUACGCGUCGGACGAGGGCAGGGUGCAAAUGACAGCGGCUGCGUUUGCUAAGGGCUUGUUGGCGCUGGAAGGCGAGCUCACUCCCAUCCUGGUGCAGAUGGUGAAGAGUGCCAACAUGAACGGUCUGCUGGAUAAUGACAUUGACUCGCUCAGCAGCUGCCAGCACCGCGUCAAAGCUCGGCUCCACGAGAUCAUGCAGAAAGAUCAAGCCUUCGGUGAGGAAGACUUUGAGAAGCUGGCCCCGACCUGCAGCACCUCUUUGUUCAACUCCAUGAAGGCUGUAAAGAAUCCAGUCAGCACUUGUGACGAGGUCUACAGUCUCAUCCAGAGCCUCACCUCCCAGAUCCGCAAGAGGCUCGAAGACCCCAAGUCUGCAGACCUGCAGCUGUACCACAGCGAGACUCUGGAGCUGAUGUUGCAGCGCUGGUCCAAGCUGGAGAGGGAUUUCCGCAUGAAGAGCGGUCGCUACGACAUCAGCAAGAUCCCAGACAUCUAUGACUGUGUCAAGUACGAUGUACAGCACAACAGCUCGCUGGGUCUGGAGGACACGCUGGAGCUUUUCACGCUGUCCCGGGCACUGGCCGACCUCGUCAUACCACAGGAAUAUGGCAUUAGCAAGAUGGAGAAGUUGGACAUCGCAUAUGCCUACUGUCUGCCACUGAUCAGGAAGAUCCAAAUGGAUUUACAGAGGACCCACGAGGACGAGUCUGUCAACAAGCUCCACCCACUCUAUUCCCGCGGCGUGCUUUCACCGGGCAGGCAUGUGCGGACACGGCUAUAUUUCACCAGCGAGAGUCACGUCCACUCCCUGCUGAGCAUCUUCCGAUAUGGAGGCCUGUUGGAUGAGGAUAAGGACCAGCAGUGGAACAGGGCCAUGGACUACCUGAGCGCUGUGUCUGAGCUCAACUACAUGACCCAGAUAGUCAUCAUGCUUUACGAGGACAACAACAAGGACCCUUCCUCUGAGGAGCGCUUUCAUGUGGAGCUGCAUUUCAGUCCUGGGGUGAAAGUGUGCGAGGAGGAGAACGCACCAAUGGGAUUCGGCUUCCGCCCAGCCUCGUCUGAGAAUGACCACAAGCACACAGACCCCGGCAGUCUGGAGAACCUUGUUCAGGACGAGGUAGACCGGGCCCUGCCUCUCUCAGAGUCAAUCAGCGCUCAGCGCCGGUCCCCUCUCAUCCGGAACCGGAAGACCAGCUCCAUGGAGGUGCUGUCAGAAACCUCAUCGUCCAGAGCCGGCAGCUACCGCCUCUUCCCCUCCUGUUCUCGCCAGUCUCCGGAGAUGAAGCAGAGCGGGUUAGGCUCUCAGUGCGCAGGGCUCUUCAGCACCACUGUCCUCGGGGGGUCCUCUAGCGCCCCCAACCUGCAGGACUACGCCCGCACGCACCGCAAAAAAUUCUCCUCUGGCAGUUUGACCUGUAAAGACGAGGUGUUGUCUAUGCCGGCAGUAAAGCGAUUUUCUGUGUCGUUUGCAAAGCAUCCGACUAAUGAGCCUCUGGAGGAGCAGCAGGUGGCGCAGCUGUUAAGGCGCUUCUCCUGCGACCCCAAUGACCCCAACUUCAUUCUGGACAGCGCGCUGGCCCACCACCUCCACCAGUGCUACUACCACCUGCGCCUCUUCCGCAACUGGUUAAUCUCCGGCCAGGACCCUCUUGAGUACCUCUACGGAUUCGAAGGCUGCUCUAUGGUGCCCUCUAUCUACCCGCUGGAGACACUGCACAACUCCCUCUCGCUCAAACAGGUGAACGAGUUCCUGACCGGAGUGUGUGAGAGUGCCGAGGACGCACACAGCAGGACCACCAGAGCUCUCUCAGCCAUGUUCGACUCUCAGAGCACAGCCUCGGUGGACUCCUACAUCCCCCAGCGAGUGCUUUCCUCCUCCGUGGCCCUCCGGCAUCGCUGUGACCGCCCCCCGUGGUACAGUAGCGGUCCCUCCAGUACCGUGUCCAGCGCUGGUCCCUCCUCCCCCACCACAGCUGACACCUCCCCUCGGUUCAGCUUCAGUGAGAAGACCACCCUCACACCCCAGAGCAGUGAGGAGAUCCACUCAGCCCCACCCACAGCUAUCCAGCCCACUGCACCCUCCUCUUUCCCUGGCAGUCCUGCCUCUGAGUCUGGUUCCCCCAGUGCCGCCCUGGCCCCUGAGUCCUACCCAGAGAGACCCAGUGAACUGGCUGUGGACGGAACUGCCUCUACAGAGCUGCUGCUAGCAGACAGCCCAGAUGCUUCACUGCCUGAGGAGCCAGACCCCAGCCCAUCCUGCUCCCCACUGGCUGACGUGAGCCUACGUAUGGAGUCCUUCUGCGGCAUGCCUGGGCCCCUUCCCGUGCUCCUGGAGCUCCGUGAGAGCAGCUCGGAGGCUGGUUCCAGUGCCCAGACGCCCCUCACUCCGGACGAGCCUGAUGAGUUCUUCGACACCCAGGAAUCGGUGGAGGUGUGGAGGGGUGGCCCGGGGAACAUGGCCCACUCUGCCACUCCACUGGAGGUGGGAGCUCCACAUGCAGCCGAGCCUUGAGGAAGCUCUCGGGGUGUAAACCUCCUCCAGCGACGCCUGCUGUGCUGGUCAUGCUCUCACUACAGUGCCUCCAUGAGCUUGAGUCACGUCCCCCGGGACCAACGCAGGUGAUGGGCCGAGUGCUUGACCCGGGCAACGGGUAAUGCGGUCACCUGUACGCACCAAAAGUUAUGGAAAUUAAGGCUGUCUCUGUAGCCCGUUGCAGUCAUACUGCAUGUCCUUUUUUUGCAGUCCUGGUGUUGGCCCCGGAAAUAUCCGAGCUUGAGAGUGCUUUGCUUUAUCGUCUGCAGAUGCUCAGCCUGUGCCCGUCUAUGUUACGCUACUGUUACUACACGUGCAAUAGCUAAAUGGCCAGUGAUGAUGUGAUCAAUGCUGUAAGAUGCACUGAAAAUACAUGCUGUUUGCAUUUUCUUUUUUUGUGGAACUAUCUGGUAUUUCCAACUGCAAAGAAACACUUUCAAUUUUAUUUGCUUCCAUUGGCAAAUAAGGAGAUACUACUUUUUUCCUUUCUUUGCAUUUUGAAAAACAUUUCCAGGUUGCACCCAGGUGUCAUGUCAGAGUUAUGUACUGAGCAUGAUGGAUCUCAUUUCAUUAUCAUUUUCCAGUCCACAUCCAUUACAAAUCCACUGCCCUUAACGCACAGUGCAGUGUGGAGUGAAGACUGAAGACACCACCUACUGAAGAUUUACACCAUUUAUUUAUUUACUGCUCUGUUGCUUUUUUUUUGCCAAAAUCUUCCAGUACCACUAUCAUAACUUAUUAAAUCAUAGAUAUUUACAAAGCAUAUUUUUAAUAUAGAGAUAUAACAAAUUAAUACAUUGUCUCAUCUUUUAGCAAUUUUAUAUUUUUGUAAAACGUAGUACUACAACAGAUUUGAAAUAAUGAAUAUGUUGUUUAUUUUAUCGUGUCUGUUUUUAGAUUCGUUUGUCUUUGUAGCGUUCAGCUUUUUAAAGAGAAAUACACAUUUUGUACUCAAGCCACCAUCGCUUUGUCAGGUCAGCUCGGAUGUGCACUCAGAAUUCCAUUGCGUACCAAUGAAGUGAGAUUCUGUGUUUGGUUUCUUUCUGGUUGUGUUUUUGAUGUACAGUUAAACAAUUACAGGAGAGGUAUUGUAUAAUCUUAAUCAGCAAAGUAUGCUGCUGCCCAAACGUUUACACUGUCCAAUGCUGUUGUGUGUUGAUCUGAACAGAUAACUAGUCUACCUUAAGGGAAGAAUGGGGAUUAUGUGCAGCUCUCUCAGAACUCUAGAUGGUGGGCAUUUUUUAGAUGGUGGGGAAAGUGCACCAAGUGAGACUGCCUCACGUUGCUGCUGUAGGACCGGCAUCCCAUACUGUGGUCACAUGUGACCCCUGUAGACGAAACUACAGUGCAGAAAGGAGACCCACUGGAGUGUGUCGGCUGUACUGAUGAACUACAUGUCACGGUAACUUCUCUGCAGUACCCAAAGGCAAUGGGAGUGGCAAGGAAGCUAACGGAGAUGACGUGUGUACAUGUUGCUUUUUAUUAAAUGUAUAGUUGAUUCACUCACACGCUGAAUCUCCUGAAUCUUCUUUUUACAUUUCCGUGAUCUAGUGCUGCGGGUGUUCUGUAUGCAAUCUGUGCACUGGUGCAUCUCAUUGGCACUUUUUCAAUGUUGCGAUUGAACUGGCUUGUCUACAAUAAAAAGGCGACCUAAUUCAAA